GAUAAAAAUUCGUCACACCUUUGUUAAUAUAUAAGACGUUGCUAUUUUUUUUUAUUGCAAAUUAACAUCUCAGCCGGACAAAACAGUUUAUUUAAAAAAAAGUGUUUACUUUGAAAAUAGAAGCGUCUUUUUGGCGCAAUGUUUGGAAAACUGUUUUUGCUCGCCGCCCUGGCGCUUACCCAGGGCAGGCCUGACGCCGACUCCAGGCGGUACGAGCCUUCAGACCUGUGCCCCCCACAGCAACACUGGCUUCUGCCCCACGAGUACGACUGUACAUUGUUCUAUUACUGCGAGUAUGGUAUGAAGUGGGUUGAGCCGAGGAGGUGCGCUCCGGGGACUGAGUUCUCCGCGGAGUUGCAGGUUUGCAUUCAUCCCGUUCUCGCAAACUGUACGCUUCCUGGUCCACCCACGGAGCCUCCUGUUGACGCCACUACAACUACUAUUUCAGAAGCUACCACUACUACUACCACUACAACUGCAGCUCCUACAACUACUUCAACAACAACCACAGAAGCUCCCACUACUACUGCGGCUCCUACUACAACAACUACAGAAGCUACUACCACUACUACUGCAGCUCCUACAACUACUUCAACAACAACUACUACUACUACAGAAGCUCCCACAACUACAGAAGCUACUACCACUACUACUGCAGCUCCUACAACUACAUCAACAACAACAACUACUACUACAACGGAAGCUCCCACAACUACAGAAGCUACAACCACUACUGCAGCUCCUACAACUACAUCAACAACAACUACUACUACUACUACAGCAGCACCCACAACUACUACUACAACCACCACAGAAGCUCCCACAACUACAGAAGCUACUACCACUACAACUGCAGCUCCUACAACUACUUCAACAACAACCACAGCAGCUCCCACAACUACUACAUCGCAAGCUACCACAACUACAACAAGAGCUCCAACAACUUUGCCUGCAGAAACCACAGAUCAAGGUUCAAUCGAGCUACUGCCCAAUGGUUGUCCAGCAGAUUUCCACAUUCACCAGCUUCUUCCUCACGAGACUGAUUGUACCAAAUUCUAUUAUUGCGAUUUCGGAGAACUGGUCGAGAGGACAUGUGGUGAAGGCACUGCUUUUAAUGCUGCACUUCAGGUUUGUGAUCGACUCGAAAACGUACAAUGCAAAGGAAGUAAUGAAAGCAAUGAAGAAACAGACGUAGAAGGUAGCGGAGACAUUGACAUUGAAGUAAUUGAUGGAAGUGGUGAUAUUGAUAUUGAUAUUGAUAUUGAUGACAAUGACGAAGAUGAUCUUCCUAACGGUUGCCCAUCAGAUUAUCAAGAACACAAACUAUUACCGCAUGAGACUGAUUGCAGCAAAUUCUACUAUUGCGUUUUUGGUGAAAAAAUCGAGAGAUCUUGCGCUAACGGAACCCACUUUGAUGUUGUAAAUCAGGUUUGCGAUCACCCAGAAAAUGUUGGCUGCUCAGUGACCAGUCCUGGUGGUGGUGAAGACAAUGGAAACAGCAGUGGAGAAGAUAAUGAAGUAGAUCUUCUACCUAACGGGUGCCCAGCUGACUUCACCGUGGAACAGCAGCUGCCGAGCGCUGACUGCAGCAAGUAUUACCAGUGCGUGCACGGCAAUAAGGUUGAGAGACCGUGCGCACCUGGAACCCACUUCAAUCCCGCUAUACAGGAAUGCGACUGGCCUGAGAAUGCUGGUUGUGAAUCAGGUAGCGGCGAUGGAGAUAACAGCAACAGCAGUGAAGGUGGAAACGGUGGUGAAGAUAAUGGAAAUAGCAGUGAAAAUGGUGGAAACAGCGGUGAAAACGGCGGAAACAGCAGCGAAAAUGGAGGAAACAGCAGCGGUGAUAAUGGCAGCGGUGACGUAGACCUGCUGCCCAAUGGUUGCCCAGCUGACUUCACAGUGGAACAGCUGCUGCCGAGCGCUGACUGCAGCAAGUAUUACCAGUGCGUGCAUGGCAAUAAGGUUGAGAGACCGUGCGCUCCGGGAACUCACUUCAAUCCCGCUAUACAGGAAUGCGACUGGCCUGAGAAUGCUGGUUGUGAAUCAGGUAGCGGUGACGGAAAUGGUGAUGGAGAUAACAGCAACAGCAGUGAAGGUGGAAACGGUGGUGAAGAUAAUGGUAGUAGCAGUGAAAAUGGUGGAAACGGCGGAAACAGCGGUGAAAACGGCGGAAACAGCGGUGAAAACGGCGGAAAUAGCAGCGAAAAUGGAGGAAACAGCAGCGGUGACAAUGGCAGCGGUGACGUAGACCUGCUGCCCAAUGGUUGCCCAGCUGACUUCACAGUGGAACAGCUGCUGCCGAGCGCUGACUGCAGCAAGUAUUACCAGUGCGUGCACGGCAAUAAGGUUGAGAGGCCAUGCGCUCCUGGAACUCACUUCAACCCCGCCAUUCAAGAAUGCGACUGGCCUGAGAACGCUGGCUGUGAAGCUGGCAGUGGUGAUGGAGGUAACGGUAACAGCGGCGAAAACGGCAGCAACAGUAGCGAAAGUGGAAACGGCGGAAACAGCGGCGAAAAUGGUGGAAACAGCGGUGAAAAUGGUGGAAACAGCGGCGAAAAUGGUGGAAACAGCACUGAGAAUGGUGGAAACAGUGGCGAAAAUGGUGGAAACAGCGGUGAAAACGGCGGAAAUAGCAGCGGUGAUAAUGGCAGUGGUGACGUAGACUUACUGCCCAAUGGUUGCCCAGCUGACUUCACCGUGGAACAGCUGCUGCCGAGCGCUGACUGCAGCAAGUAUUACCAGUGCGUGCAUGGCAAUAAGGUUGAGAGGCCGUGCGCUCCGGGAACCCACUUCAAUCCCGCCAUUCAAGAAUGCGACUGGCCUGAGAACGCUGGCUGUGAAGCCGGCAAUGGUGAUGGAGGUAGCGGAAAUGGUGGAAACAGCAGUGAAAACGGUGGAAACAGCGGCGAAAACGGUGGAAACAGCGGUGAAGGAGACAAUGGAGGUGGUGAAGUAGAUUUGCUUCCUAACGGCUGUCCAGCUGAUUUCCAUAUCCAUCAACUCUUACCAAGCGCUGACUGCAGUAAAUUCUACCAAUGCGUUCAUGGCAAUAAGGUUGAGCUUUUGUGUUCACCUGGUCUACACUUCAACCCCAAGCUGCAGGUGUGCGACUGGCCCGCCGACGCUGGCUGUGAAUCUGGCAGCGGCGACGGUGGUAACAGCGGCGAAAAUGGCGGAAAUAGCGGUGGAAACAGUGGCGAAGAUGGAAAUGGCGGUGAAGAUGGUGGUAACAGCAGCGGAGGCAAUGGAAACAGCGGUGAAGAUGGCGGAAAUGGUGGAAAUAGCGGUGAAGAUGGCGGUAACAGCAGCGGAGGCAAUGGAAACAGCGGUGAAGAUGGCGGUAACAGCAGCGGAGGCAAUGGAAACAGCGGCGAAGAUGGCGGAAAUGGCGGAAACAGCGGUGAAGAUGGCGGCAACAGCAGCGGAGGCAAUGGAAACAGCGGUGAAAGCGCUGAGAAUACUUGCGACCACAGAUGUAUGAAAGCCUGUAACAUCCCGCCUUGGGCUCACGACGACUGCGACAAAUUCUGCCGCUGCGACGAUAGAAAUGCUGUCGUAGUCACAUGUCCUGAAGGCUUACAUUUCAAUGAAGCAAUAGGCACAUGUGACCUUAUCGCUAAUGUUGGUUGCACCAGGCGUUUCAGAUUUAAUUCUGGACCUUUAGCACAUCUAUAUAAAGCUAAAUUGCAUUGAAAUAGAAAGUAGACAUAAUAAGUAACAUAGACCAAAGCAGUGAAACAUAGUCUCACAGAAUUUUUCAGUAACUACCUACCUACAAUAACAAUAUUUUGUUACCUUAGACAACUUUGUUCAUGACUCAAUUUUGUGCAUUUAUCAUAAUAUUGCAAUUGAAGGUACUAAUAGAUAAUAAAUAUUUAAUUUUUAAAGUUGAUCCAUUUUUUUUAAUUCCGUUCAUUUUUACUUAUUUCUAAUUCGCAUUGAAGUAACUGUUGUUACAAAGAGUAGGUUCGUUCAACUAUAAAGUUAUUAAGAUUGAAAUGUUGGCGCACCUCAAGGAGGUUCUUUGGGUCAUCCAGAUUUUAUUAUUAAUAUAAAAUUAAGACACAUCGAUUGUAUUUAACAAACAAUGAAUGUAGUUUACAGAUUGUGCUAUGAUGUAACAUAUUUUUUACUGAUGAAAUAAAUUAUUGAAUGUU